UAACAGUGAAGGACAGGUAAUACUGUACAUUUCCAAUAACGCACACAAAAUGCUGGAGGAACUCAGCAGAUGAGGCAGCACCUAUGGAGGGAAAUGAACAAUUGACGCUAUAGGCCAAGACUCUUGGUCAGGAAAGGAAGCGAGCAGAAGCCAGAAUUAAGGGUGGAGGGAGGUUAUGGAGAGAAGUACCAUCUUAGUGGGUGAUAGGUGAAUCAUGUGAGAGAGGGAAGGUGGGCAGAUGAGGGGGGAGUGGGAAUGAUAUGAGAAGCUGGCAGGUGAUACGUGGAAGAGGCAAGAAGAUAGAGUCAAUCAUGGAUUAAAAGGACAGAGGUGGCGAAGUAGAGGGAGGAAGAAGGUGAUGGGCGGGUUGUGAGGAUGGAGGAGGGGAAAGAGAAAGGAUGAAGGGGCCACCUGGUUAACGGAGUAAAAAACGGAGGAGACUGUGAACAGAGGGAAGUGAUUACUGGUAGUUGGAGAAAUUGAUGUUGGUGCCAUCGGCGUGGAGACGACCAAGAUGGAAUAUGAUGCGUAGGAAUGGGAAGUGAAAUUAAAAUGGCUGGCCACCAGAAGACCUUGCCUGCUGCAGCAGGUGAUCAGUGAAACGAUAGCCCCAGUCUGCGUCGGGUCUCACCGACAUACAGGGAGUUGCAUCAGGAGCAGACUUGCAAUAAAAGGCACCAAUGGAUGCACAUUGUGAAGUGCUGCCUCACCUGGAAGGACCGUUUAGGGCCCUGAUUGGGGAUGGGGGUUAAGAGGUGGAGGGGCAAGCAUUAGCAUAGCUGUGGAGGUAAGUGCCGGGAUCAGUAGAGAGGAAGAAGCAGGAAGGGAGUUACGGAGAGAAUGAUCGCUGUGGAAAUAGGGAAGGGAGGGGAAGCUCAGCCUAGACGGUGAUUCCAUUGGAGAUGGGAGGGAACCAAAAUACCCAGAAGAACCCCAACCACUCACAGGAGGAACAUGCAAACUCCACACAGACAGCAAUGGAAGUCAGGGUUGAAUCUGGAUCACCAAAGCUCUACUUGAGCUUCUUGUUCACUGGAGAUGUCUACUGCCUGACACUUUGCGUCAUGAACAAUGUCAAUGAACAGCCCAUCCCUGAAUGUUGUCUCGCUUCUCUUGUAAAUAGGUACAUACCUCGUCACUUGCUGAAGAGCUGCAAAUGAAAAUGAACAUCGUGCAAUCAUUAAUGAAUCACCGAUUCUUACAUAGCUUCAUAAUACACUGCAGAAGGCCAUUCCAUCCCUUGAGUCUCUGCUUGCCCCAGGGCAAUCUCAUCAAUCCCAAUUAUUUUCCUGUAAAUGUUUUUCUCACACCUGCCCAUUAAUGCGGCCUCAAUCUUUUGACAUCCACCUCCACUGGAAGGAAGUUACAGUAGUCAACUGAUGAUUCCUUUUGUAGAUGGAAGGAAGCUGGAGCACCGGGAAAAACCCACAGGGGGAACAUGCAAACUCCAUGUAGAGAACACCAGAUGUUAGGGUCAAACCUGGACCACAAGAGGUGUGAGACAGCUUCUGAAUUUAUGAUGGAAGGUAGGUCAUCAGUGCUGGGAAGGACACUCUCUCCAGGAACUCCUGCAGUGACAUCCUGGGGCAGGGAUGAUGACCUCUGAUGAACAUGACCAUCUUCCUUUGUGACUCCAAACACUGGAGCAUGCUCCCUUUGAUACCUAGUCUUGCUAGAGCACCUUGGUACCACAUUUAAUCAAAUUCUGCCUUUAAGCCAAGGGCAGUCACUGUUUAGACCAAGGCAGUCCGUAUUUACACCAAGGGUGUGAUGAAGUCUGGAAAUAAGUGGUCCUGUUGAAACCCAAAAUGCACAUUGGUGAGUAGGUUCUUGUCGAGCAGGUGAAAUUGUUGAUGAUAGCUUCCACCACCUUGUUGACGAUUGAGAUUUACUGCUGUUUGUCAGCCAGUUUUCCACAUUGUCAGGUAAAGCCCAUGUCAGAAUGGCUUGGCUAGAGGUGCAGCUAGUUCUAAGUAAAUAGUGUCAAAUGUGGCAGCCAAAUUACAUAGCAAGCUCUCAAGAACGUCAGUAAGAUAAAUGAACAAGUCAUUUUUAUGUUGUAGUUUUGGAGGGAUUAAUGCUGACCAGGACACCGGGAGAAUUCCCACAUUUAUUCAGAUAGUGCUUUGGGAUUGUGGUGGGGAUAGUUUCUACUAAAGGAAGUAUGAGGCAUUCCUUCCCUCUGCUGGCCUGCAAGAAUUGGAGUAUAAAAAUUGCAUUGUUUGCUGUGUAACCAAAACUAUGUGGUCAGCUUUGAGCUUCCUAUUUAGUAUCCAAUUUAGUAGGAGAAUGAAAUCUUAAGAAUGUAGAAGACAAUGGUGUGUUAAUGAGAGGUGGCUAAGAGAUGUAGAUUAGAACAUGAUUAAGUCAAUGGGUAGAAACAAUAGUGGCAGAUGUACCUGUGAUACGCAACUGUAGACCGAUUGGAUAUGCUAAUGCAACUAAACCAGGAGACUGCUAUAAAAAAUGCUAUGUACAAGGAUCGGUGGGCAAUCAGCAACUAGCAACUGUCUCAGCUUUGAUUUGCAAAUUAAAGUUUAAUACUUCUUGAACAAUCUUCUGCGUCUCCUGGUCGUUUGUGGGGCACGAGAAACCACAACAAAAUUGGCGACCACGACAGGACCGGAAAGAGACCCGCGGAAAGGAAACAGCAGAUUGGGGACGCUUCCCAGUCCUCUAGGGACCCCACAAGGCUAACAGAAUUAAGGGUGCACCCAAACAAAAGGUAAGCGCUUUUUGCGACAACUUGGACUAAGAAUUCUGUUGGUUUUGGGAAGACUUGGAGUCUCAGAAGUGUGGAACCACUGCCGAAGGAUCUCUCCGGUCCAAAGAAUCUGGCAGAAUUGGGGGUUAACAGGAGGCUCAGAGGAUUGGUCAAGAACACUGCAGUGAGGGUAAGUACAAAUAAGCUAAUAAGAAGUUAAGUGAAGAAAAAUUCCACGUGGUGUUGAUAAGUCCCUGUGGAUGCCGCUUCAUAUGAAACGAAGGUCUGAAUGGGCAGGGAAAGGAAAAUAGAGAAAAUCCUCGUGGAUACCGUCUUGAGAGAGAAGGGUCUGAAUAGACGAGGUGCAAAGAGAAAAUCCCUGUGGAUGUCGCUUCAUAUGAAACGAAGGUCUGAACGGGCAGGGAAAGGAAAAUAGAGAAAGUCCUCGUGGAUACCGCCUUAAGAAAUAAGGGUCUGAAUAGACGAGGUGCAAAGAGAAAGUUAUGUGGAUACCGCUCUGAAUAGAGGUCUGUAGGGGCAGAACAGAAUAGGAAACCACGACAAAAUUGGCAACCGUGGCAGGACAGACAAUGUGGAGACGAAGGGGGGCCAAGCAGAACCCGGAAGGCUUGUGGAGCAUGGAAGACGGUUUGUUGGUAGCACCCACCCCUCUACUGAUGAUUCUGAUUUCAGAAGCGCAUGGGAUUGACCAUUGUGCAAGGAGGGAAGUGAUAAAGAAAAUAAAGAAGGAUGGUUUUUGGGCACCUUAUUUACAGGCUUCAGUGGACUUUGUCUUGUCACAGUGCGAGGUAUUUGCACAGAGUAGGGAAUUACAACCCCAAUAGGUCACAUUCCUGUACCUGAAGGACGUAGACAUGAUAAAGACAGUGAGAGGGAAAAGAUACAUGCUGGUAGUAAUUGAUCGAUUUAGCAGAUGGGUGGAGGUGGUACCUUCAAGAGAUCAAGGGGCAAAGACGGUGGUAAAAUUUCUGACAGAUGAAGUGAUCCCAAGGUUUGGAAUACCUACAGGAGUUAGCUCAGACAAUGGUUCAGCUUUUAUCCAGAAAGUGGUCAAAUUGGUACUACAAGCGCUGAGGAUAAAGCAAAGAUUUGGAUGGGUAUACCACCCUCAGUUGCAGGGCAUGGUAGAGAGAAUUAAUGGAACCCUGAAAGCCAAACUGAACAAAAUUUGUGCAGACACUAAACUUAAUUGGGUUGAUGCUUUACCGUUAGCAUUGAUGAGUUACCGACCUAACGAAUUUAAGGCGAGAAAUGAGAUUGCUGCAGGCUUCGAAACAUCUCUACCCUUGAUAGGAACUAUUAAGAACAUUGAAUGGAUAAAUUAUAUAUAUUACAAUCAGCAAAGAUUCAUCAACUACACCAAUGAUGCACUGGAGGCCUUGGGAGAACAGUUAGAUGGAACUAGCAAAAUGUGGCAGAAAAAGGAGGAGUUUGUGUGAUGUUUGGAGAGAAGUGCUGUACUUUUAUACCAAAUAACACUAGUUCAGAAGGAUGGUUUACUAAGGCAAUGUAUAAGUUGAAAAUUCUAAGAAAGGAAGUUAAACAGAAUGCAGGGUCCGGACGUCAGUUAUUUGACUGUUAGAAAGUAGACUCGGAGGAUGGGGAGCAUGGCUGACUAAAAUGGCAAUAACUGUCUGUAUUGUAUUGUUGAGCUGUGUGCUUGUGCUGUGCUGUUUUCUUCCUUGUCUCAAGUCUCUUGUAGUGCGUGCUGCAACCAAACAAUUUCCGAUGCUCGUGGCAAUUACUGAAGCAAGCUUAGUGGAGAAAGAAACACCGAAGAUGUAUCGUUACAGCCUACAACACCUGCAGGAUGAACAAGAGCAAAAACGACAAUGUGGGAGUAGAUUGAAUACUUGGAGCAGUACGGAAGGAGCUUCACCACCGAAUUUCACGCAUUGCGAAUCGAGGAUGUCUCAGAUAAGAAAGGUUUCUUCAGUUUAUAUCCAACUUGCUACUCCCGGGACUAUCAGCACCCCGAAGACGUAUAAACCUCUUGAAGCUGCAAGGGUGGCCGACAAUAGAUAUCAAAAAUUAGCGCCAUCAGCACCUAGAUCCGGGACCUCCUCCAAUAGGUUUGAGAAUGUGGGUAGGAAAGGAGUGGCAGCGACCGUGCAACAAGAUGUACAUCCUGCUAGCGAAGAUUACCCGCCUCCUCCCCCUCCACCUGCUCCAGAAAACAUAAGAGAUGCAUUUUACCCCAGUGAGAUGCCACUUCCUCCUCCUCCUCCACCUCUGCUUUCCCAUGAGAGGGCAGCUCCAUCUGUAAAUGACUCCAAACAAUCCAAUGUGCAGAAACCAACUGGUGGACCAGGCCCUAGACGGCAGGAAUUUUCUCCAACCUCUGGAUCUGUGAAACACAGCAUUCCUAAUGUGGGAAACAUACAGAAAAAUUCAGCACCUCAGACGCUGAAUGACAAACUGAAUGGUUCACCGAGUUCCACAGAAGAUAUCUGUGCAUUUUGCAACCAACCAAUUCCUCUAACCGUCCCUGCUGUUCAAGCCAUGGACAAACUGUUUCACGAGAAUUGCUUGACAUGUAGAAAAUGUAACUGCAGACUCGUGGGAAAAAAGUAUUAUAACCUAGAUGGUGAUCUUCACUGUGAAUCUUGCUACCAGAACACCUUGGAGAAGUGUGCAAAAUGCAACAAAACCAUAAUGAGUCAGAUUAUUAGGGCUAUGGGCAAGGCUUUCCAUCCUGACUGCUUCACAUGUGUUGUCUGCCACCAACUUAUUGGAACGGAGCGCUUUGGAGUGAACCAGGCUAAUGAGGUUCUCUGCCUUGAAGAUUUUCAGAGGAAACAUGCCCCGCAAUGCUGUGUCUGCAAAAUGCCAAUCAUACCUGAAGUUGGACAGGCGGAGUGCAUGAACAUUGAACUGUUUGGGCUCCACUUUCAUGUGAACUGUUAUAGAUGUGAGAAAUGUGGAAUUGUUCUAUCUCCUGACCCAACUGAAGAAGGAUGUUUUCCACUCAACAAACAGAUCCUUUGCAAGACUUGUAACAUAUCCCUAAGUACCAGCUCCACUCCUUGAAGACCAGAUUUUAGAACUGAAUUAUUCAACUUGUGAACUGCUGUUUGUUGUUGCAAAUCUCUAUUUCGUUUCUAAUCACUUCAAAUAGACAGUAUCAGAACUUAAGACUGCUGAAAAACCAUUCCUCAGACCCCAUUUAUGUGAGAGGCUUCUGUAUACUUAGCUCUAAUGUGCCAAAAAGAACCCUUGAAAAUACCAGAUUUGAUGAAUAGCCGAUGAUCAAACCCAAAAUAACUAUCAGCUAUAAGACUGGCAUCAGCACCCUCCUUACAAAUUUAGUGAUAAUACUGAGGGGCUAUACAAACUGGCAGUCACAUUUUCCCUAUUAUGAAAUUAUAUCAUCACUUCCUGAUUGGGCAGGUAUGGAAUGGAAAGCCUGUAUAAUGAAUUAAUUUACUGUAUCAUGCAUUGUGAUAAGUAAAGAGUACUUGUCUACACAAGCUCAAUGUAAAAGAAAAAAUGCAUUCAUGUAAGCCUUUGAGAUGGGUACAGGCACGAUGGGCAAGAUGGCAUGUUUUUAAGCUAAUUCAACUGCAUCCAAGUUUUUUUUAAUUUUAUGAAAAAAGUUUUAUUUAUCUUCCUGAUACCAGCUCCAAAUAUAUUGCUGCCAGUUCCAAGGACUAAGCAAUCUUUCCAUAUGUAGCACAUUUAAUAUACUAUUUCAUAUUAAAAGUUGUGAAUCUUUGUA